GGAGUGACUGUGUAGAAAAGAGUCAGCUAGCUCCCUUUAAUAUAUGCUGCUGGUGUUACUAUGUGUUUUUUCUGGAUGAAGUAAGAGGAGGAAAAGCAACAUCUUAAAGAAGGCAAACAUAUUAGACCCCAGCGAUGCCUCUCUUCACCACCAAUCCCUUUGACCAAGAUGUUGAGAAAGCAACCAGUGAGAUGAACACGGCUGAGGAUUGGGGCCUCAUUCUGGACAUAUGUGAUAAGAUAGGACAGUCCCGCACUGGGCCUAAAGAAUGUCUGCGCUCUAUAAUGAGAAGAGUAAAUCACAAGGAUCCCCACGUGGCCAUGCAGGCAUUGACUCUCCUGGGUGCUUGUGUUUCAAACUGUGGUAAAAUCUUCCACUUGGAGGUUUGUUCCAGAGAGUUUGCCAGUGAAGUCAGUAAUGUCUUAAACAAGGGUCACCCAAAAGUAUGUGAAAAGCUGAAGGCACUGAUGGUGGAGUGGGCUGAGGAUUUCCGCAAUGAUCCACAGCUCAGUCUCAUCUCGGCGAUGAUCAAAAACCUACGUGAGCAAGGUGUCACCUUUCCAGCUGUGGGUUCCCAGGCUGCAGAACAAGCAAAAGCAAGUCCAGCACUGGUGGCAAAGGAUCCCUCCACCACAACAAAUAAAAAAGAGGAAGAAGAUCUAGCCAAAGCUAUUGAGCUGUCACUAAAGGAGCAACGUCAGCAGCCACAGACCUCCCUGUCGAGCCUUUACCCAAGCACUUCCAGCCUGCUCUCCACACACAAGUCUGACGGCAGAAAGGUCCGCGCCAUAUAUGACUUUGAGGCUGCAGAGGACAAUGAGCUCACUUUUAAGUCUGGAGAAAUCAUCACCAUCCUGGAUGACAGCGACCCCAACUGGUGGAAAGGGGAAACGUACCAAGGAGUCGGCCUGUUUCCCUCCAACUUUGUCACUGCUGAUCUCACUGCUGAGCCCGAGAUGAUAAAAACCGAGAAGAAGACUGUGCAGUUCAGUGAGGAGAUCCAGGUAGAGACAAUAGAGCCUGAACAGGAGCCUGUAUAUAUAGACGAGGACAAGAUGGACCAACUGCUCCAAAUGAUUCAAAGUGCAGAUCCUACUGACAACCAGUCAGACAGCGUUGAGUUACUUCAGCUGGAAGGUGCCUGUAAUCAAAUGGGACCCCUAAUUGACCAGAAGCUGGAGGAUAUAGACGGGAAGCACUCUGAGCUGUCAGAGCUAAAUGUGAAGGUGAUGGAGGCAUUGUCUCUCUACGCAAAGCUGAUGAAUGAAGAUCCAGUAUAUGCCAUGUAUGCCAAGCUGCAGAGCCAGCAGUACUACAUGCAACAGCCUGCUAAUGCAGCGCAGCAGGUCUACCCCGGUCAGCCUGUGUCAGGCUCUUACUCCAUGAGCAGUACUGGGGUGCAAGGAUAUACGGUCCCUGUGGAGCAACUUCCAGCUGGUGCUCACAUUCCUGGUCAGCCAGCUCCAAGCGAUGUCCACAUGUACAUGGGCCAGCCACCGGUUUACUCUGCAGCCCCUGGCACUAUGGCUCCAGCAGAUGUUCAGUCCUACCCAAAUCCAGCAAGCACGGCAGGCCCUGCACCAUGCUCAGCACCUGCCAGCAUGUCGCAGACGGCAAACUACAGCAACCCAUCCGGCACAAGCUUAGCACCUCCCUCAGACGUCCAUCAGGCUCCUUACUCUGAGAAAGCCCUGCUAUAGGGCCUUCUUACAGAUAGGACAAACAACAUAUGGUUAAUCCAUUGUAAGAAAUAGUUCAUUGUUGUUCCCAUUAAAGAGCAACAACAGUUUUAAAAAAAUGUAACAUCAGGCAAACACUGGCAUUUGGUGCACCUUGUGUUUUAUUUGGUGAAUCCAUAUGUGAAAAUCCAUUUAAUAUCAUAUUUGCACAUUCUUAACUACUCAGAUGUUGGAACAAUUUUGGUUCGACAGAUUUGUGUUUUUGUCAUGAUUUGUGUCUAAGCUCCUAAUCUAAAUCUGGCCACAAAAAACUUACACUUCAAAUAUGAAAAAAAUAUUACAUUUACAUAUUUAACAAUUGUUAGUUUCUUUAGAUUUUUUUCAAAAACUAUAUAGACGUUUUAAAACGGUCUUCUAGAAAUUUAUAAACAGAGAACAAUAGAAAUUUUUGUGCACAUUUUAUUUUUAAUUUAAACAUUUCUUACUAUGUGUGCAUAUAAAAAUUUGAUCAGAUUCAGUAAUUCAGCUGAAAAGAAGAAAAUUACAUUGAAUCUACAGUAUAUACACAGAAGAAGAGGCUUUUGAGCAUUUAUAUCUGUAUUUUGAAGAUUAUGGCUUACAGCUAAUUAGAAAAUAAGACUUUGGUCAUUAAAAAAAUAUAGCUAAAACCUAAUUCAAAAUGAAAUGUAAAGUAAAGCAUUUUUAAACAUAUUUCGCCUUGAUUUUAGCUGUGAUUCACACGUUUAGCCAUUAGACCAUCCUUGUUGAGACUGCUAAAAAAUGCCUUAGUUGUAGAAAUGUUCUUUGUGUUUAUGUACGUCAUUGGAUAGCCAAAAUCUACUAUUUCUUUCUUCUAGGGGCAUUAUUUAAUAUUCUUUUUGAUGAAACAAAGUCUGAGUUUAAGUUUAGCUGAAAGCCGUAAUUAUCAAAAUUACUGAAUAAAUGAACGCUUCAAAUAUAUUACUGGGAUGCUCCUAUAAAUAAUUAUUAGAACUUGUCUCAAAUUUUUCUUUAAAAAUGUCCGGUUCUUAGAAACAAAAACAUUUUACCAAGUAACCAAGUGUAACUGUAGCUAUAUCAGUGCAAUUAAAUUAAGGUAAUUCAAAUGAUGCGUGAUAUCCAUAGCUGUUUCAUGUUGCUAUUUAAAGGCCUACCUCUGAGGUCUUUAAAACACUAAGAUUGAAGACUUUGUUGUGCCACAAUAAGCUCCUCCACUACAACUAGUUACAGUCAUGUUUUUCUUUUUUGCUAUUUCUUUAUUUAAAGCAAAACACUAAACUGAAAAUAUUGUUCUCCUCUCAAUAUUUUACAAGUGUCAUCAACUUUUACUGAAACCUGAAGCCUCUUUGAUUUUCUGUAGGGAAAAGAAACAAAAGGAGCAGAAGCAUGCACCUGACACAUGUAUAUACUGUACUGAAGUAACCCCCUCGAGGUUGGAUAUAUGUUGGUUCAGUUCUUGUUGUUUUCUCUAAAACUGAUUUCUGGUUUCCACAUAGCCCUGGUGAAUGAAAGACCUAUAACUAUCCCUACAUGCCUGAUUUCCCUUCUGACACAAAUAGUUCUGUAUCCUUUUUUAAGGGGAUACCAGCCACCUUACCUCUUUCAGGGCUGUGCCAACAAGUAUGCACCUCUGAUGUGGUUACAAGGGGAAAGCUCUGAGCCCCAUAGAUUUUUUGUUUUACUUUUAUUUUAAAGCAUCUCUAUUGCUAUUGAUUUUUUUUUAUUGUAGUACAUUCUAAUUUAUGAUUAAUUAUUGCUAUAUUUUUGAUGAAGUAUUGCAGGAUGUAUGUAUUCAAGAAAAGAGUUGGAUGUGUGAUAUUCUGCCCAACUACAAUGUAUAUUUCAGAUAAAACCUUGAAAUUUGUAUUUUAUUGUACUGUAGGUUUAAUGGUUACAUUAGUACUGACUGAACUUGAGCCCCAGAGGUGUCUGUCAUUUCUUAGACUUGUGUUAACACUGAGGGAAGUUUUAUUUUAUAAAGAGGCAUUAGUUUAAGAUGAUGUUUAGUUUGCUAUCUCUCACCCAACAUGAAAUUAUGCAUUUAGUGUAUUAAUCCUAAAUAAUUUAUAUGGCUUCUACAUGUAGCAAGUCUUUGAGAAGGAUUCAGUGUUUGAAAAAUUUGACUUAUGAAAUAAAUAUGUCUGUGUAUUUUAUUAAAUCAUGCUUUUUGAAGGAAAUUUGAAGUACAAAUGCUAAACUAAACUCUAGAAUUGGGAAAAGGUUUCAGUACUACGGUGAAAAACUUCUCAUUUAGCUUUCUCUUUGUUAUAGGUCGAGCCUUGCUACUUGCCAACUAAAGAAUGCAAGGCAAAUUUUACUUUAGGCUUAGUACUUAGACUUUGUUUAAUGAUAAUUUAAUUUAAAUGUAGUUGAGAUAAAAUAAGUUAGUUAUUAUUUUUGUUGCCUUUAGUUUAAUGGAAGAGAAUCUACUCUGUUAAACCUUGCAGUUUUCUGUAUAUUGUCAUCAUCUAAAUGGAGCAUCUUAUUGCACCGCAGCGUUGGGCUGCAACUCUGAUGUAACUUUUUUUUUUCUUGUACAGGAUUGAAAUGCUGCCUGUGUUUUUUUUUU